AUGUCGGAGCCCUCCUCCAACGCAUCCAACGCCUCCUCGACGAAGCCCGCGAUCCCUUCGCUCCCCGCCUCCAUCACCACACAGCUUCAGCCCCCGCCCUCACCACGAACUCACCGCGUCCUCCGCCGCCUCCAGUCUGCGCACACUCUUCGUCCUCAGAACCCUCCCUCCCUCAUCUCGCAGCAGCGCCUGCGCGAGACGCAGACACAGCGCAAUGUCUCACCCACCAGAUCCUCCCCCGUGCCUGGCGCUGGCCCGUCAGCCUCGUCUGGCCCGCCCAUGAGCAUCAAUCGCUCGCCUCAGCGCGGCCGCGCUAAUAGCGAUGCCACGCCCCCUCUCAUCCACCAGAUGAAUGUCGUCACGGCCAGCAAGCGUGCCGGAAGCAAGAAGCCCGUCUUCUCGCAUGGACAUCUCUCGCUGCAACAAAUCAUCCGCGAAGGUCCCACCGACGGAGACUUCCUAGGCGCCCUGGAGAGUGCGCGAUGGAAGGUCAUUGAUGGAGGAGUCAAAAGUGCUGAGGAUGGCAUGUCGACACUCAGGAUAUAUGUCUGGCUGGUUCUCCUAGACGCUCCCAUCCUCUCGACCGACGACUACCUCGCCCUCAUCCACCGAGGCGCUUCUCCCGCCUACUCCAAGAUCCGAAACGACACCUUCCGCACCCUCACAACAGAUCCCCUCUUCCGUCGCCGUGUCAGCGAGGCCAGUUUGAUCCGACUCCUCAACGCCAUCGCAUGGAAGCUCCACGAUGCCCGCGAAGAGCAGCGCCAGAGUCGCCCAAGCAGCAGCCGCGCCUCUCUUCCAGGAGACAGCGCGUCGGGUCAUUCCCAGGCCAGCACAUCAUCACCUACUGCUCGUAAUCGAGCCCGCGCCCUGACACUUACAACCGAGGGUUCUGAAUCUGGUGCGGGAGCUACGACUCUCGAGCCCGGUACCUACGUACAGGGCAUGAAUGUCCUGGCCGCCCCAUUCCUCUACGCCGCUCGAAGCGAGGCCGAAGCCUUUGUCGCUUUCCAUUCCCUUCUUACGCGCGAGUGUCCAGGAUACAUCCGCGGUGCCAUGGACGGCGUCCAUCGAGGCCUCGCACUUGUGGACAAGGUCCUAGCGAUCGUGGAUCCCAAGCUGAGCAUGUAUCUCACAGCCAAGGGGCUUUCGGCUGAGAUCUAUGCCUUCCCCUCAGUCCUCACUCUGUGCGCCUGCACACCACCCUUGCCUGAGGUGCUGCGGUUAUGGGACUUUUUGUUCGCCUAUGGGCCGCAUCUCAACAUUGUGUGCAUCGUGGCCCAGCUCACCAUUAUGCGAUCUCAAAUUCUCCAAUCACCAAGUCCCAACAAGGUCUUGAGAUCUUUCCCCCAACUUAACGCCGAUCUCGUCAAGUCCGUCACCAUUGGCAUUAUUAAGAAGAUUCCAGAUGACGUCUAUGCCGAGAUUGUAUCCCAUGCUCUUUAAUAAAGGGCAUUGACUAGGGGUCCGAGCAACUUGAGAUAUCCCGAGGUACCUUGGUACUUUGCCUAGAUACUGUUGUAUGACACCACCACACCAAGCGAGACCACGAACCAACAGGGAUCCUGGCCGCGACCUCACUGACGUGCAUGCCGCCACGCGAGUCGGGGGGACAUCCUCUAUGCAAGGGGCGUGGCUCACAAACCCGAGGGUCCCGCAGCCUGGCCGGCGCCAACACCGCGCCAUGCAAGUCAAGAUAGACGAGCCGAGCCGGGCCGCUGCGUCUGCAACGGCGGCUCGAUGUAUUUAUGUUUUUAACGGUUUUAUGAUUCAAGGUUCAAAUGCGUAAUGACUAGGGGGACACAGUACAUAUUUGUAUGAUUAUAGUUUUCUGGCAAGGUUGAAUGGAUAUGGAAUGAUAGAGUUGUCCUACAAUGGAUGACUUC